AUGAGCCAGUCACAGAAAAGAAAAAGACCAGAAUCCAGUGGUCUAGCUGAAUCUGACCAGCAAGUGGUACUCAAUUUUAUCAAAAGCAAAGGCGAAGACGCGACCACGAAACGUAACAUACAAGAAGAAACAAAGGUGCCAACCCAAAUUGUUACCAAGUGCAUCAACAACCUCCUAGCUUUGUCACUGAUAAAAAAAAUACCACAUGCCCAAUUCAAAGGCGACUACUACAUUGCAGCGGAAUUCAAGCCUUUAAACACUGUCAGCGGUGGUGAAUGGUAUCUCGAUGGUAAACUUGAUACACAAUUCAUCAAUAAACUCAAAGAUAUAUUAGGUAGUAUGGUUCAUGAAAAUUUGAUUAUUGAGGUUAAGAGCAGUGGGCAUGGGGAGUAUCAUUCGAUCCCGGUUGGAAACGUGUGUUAUAGGUGUCCUGUAGGAAAUCUUAAGCGGGGUCCGGACGGAGGGGCGAUGGCUUCGAUUCCUUGUGGCGUUUGCCCCCGGAUCAGAGAGUGCACACCUGAUGGGCUUAUAUCUCCAACUACUUGUGUUUAUUACACUAAAUGGUUGGAUUUUUGAUAUAAACUAUGCUCUCAGUUAUCAUUUAUAUUACUAUUUUUAUACAUUCUUAAGAAUUUGACCUUUAUUAAUGGAUGGCCUUUUACCAUAACAGAAAGUUAUUUGCGUGU